GGUUAGCCGCCAGCCUCCCGGGAUACCGGGGAACAGAAAACGUAUAAAAGUUCUCAAGAGUUCACCUACAACUUUUCUGCCAUCUCGUUUUGAAUCUAUAAUCUUCUUGCACUUUCCAAGUCGAACUUUCCAUCACCUAUCACCAUGUUCGCUCUUACCCUUCUUGCCUCUGCUCUCGCGGUUAACGGUAUCGCUAUCCCCCGUGACACUGCUACCAACACCACAUCUGCGUCCGACCCUCACUCGCUCGCUGCCUGGGCAGGAUCCAAUACCACCCUCACCGCCAUCGGCUGUGUGGCCAACACCGAUCUCGCCAACAUCACCUCCAACACCGUCUCUACCAAGGCGGAGGCUAGAGAGUCAUGUGCUACUGCCUGUCUUGAAGAAGGUGGAAGCGAGAUCGCCUACUUCCGGGCCGACACUCAAGAGUGCUACUGUACCAGCGCCGACUCUUACCCCUCUUCUGGCCAGAUCGUCUAUGCCGACGAUGACCUGGGUAACUGCCGAGACGAGGACGAUGCAUCCGUCAACUACUUUGUCUCUCCAUACACCCUCGAAGAGUGCUACUACACCGUCAACUCCAACUCGACCAAGACUUUCAACGCUCCUUCCCCCAUCUCGUGUCUGACCGGCUGUACCUCCACCGGCCUUACCAUCCGACCCGAGCUCGACCAGUCUUCCGGCGAGUAUGUCUACGAGUGCGCUUGCUAUGACGAGGAGGUCCAGGGUGGUCAGAGCACCGAUUGUGGCUUCGGCGUCGAGUCUGUCUUUACCCAUGUCUAAGGGGUUCAGUUCUGGGAUCAAGGGCAAGUGUAGCAUAAUCUAAGUAAUUUUCACAGCAAGGACAAGAAGGACAGUAUAAUCAUAGGAGAAGAGAAACGGAAAGAAGCCAAAAGAGUUCAUAGUAUAAUGUGUUCUCCCCCAAGUAAUAUGCAUAGCAAUAGACAACUGUCUUGACACCGAGAGCUGCGCCAGCUCCACCCGUUGGACACCCGUUGGAUCUGGAUAGCGCAUCGGCUUGACGCUGCCGAACUCCAAUUCCAAAUUCCCGAAAAGGACGGGAUCAAA